AUGGACAAUGGCCUGGUCAAAUGCUACGGACAUAAUAACAACGCCGCAUCCGGACAACCGGACACAGUUCGAUCCGACAUCGGCGUCAGCGGUUCGAACAUUGGCGACGACGCAUUCGAGCUUGGCGACUUCCUUCCGGCUAUCGACUUAGGAUCAGGUCGAACUGCCCAGCAGAUCGCCGUCGGCGACAGAUAUGCAUGCGCGCUCUUGGACAACAACCUCGUGAAGUGCUGGGGCUGGAACAAUGGUGGCAAGUUGGGCUAUGGCGACACAACCGACCGUGGGACCACCGUUGAACAAAUGGGGGACGGGCUUCCUUUCGUCGAUUUGGGAACCGGCCGAACCGCGCAAAAGAUUGGGUGUGGAGACAGCCAUGCAUGUGCCCUCCUGGAUGACAACACGUUGAAGUGUUGGGGCAGCAGUUACAACGGACAAUCUGGGCAGGACAGCUCCAGUAACAUUGGACAAAGUGCAAACCAAAUGGGCGAUUAUCUUCCUCCGAUCGACGUGGGUGCUGGAAGGACGGUCACGGACUUCGUGGCAGGCUACAAGCACACAUGUGCGAUCUCGGACGAUGGCAACCUCAAAUGCUGGGGCUAUGCUAACUUUGGCCAUCUUGGCUAUGGUGAUCGGCAUGAUCGAGGUACAUCCGACCGGAAGAUGAACACGAUACCCACCGUGGACUUGGGCACUGGCCUCACUGUCAAGAAGGUUUUUGCAGGAUGGGACAUGACAUGCGCAAUUCUUUCAAACGACGGGACGAAGUGUUGGGGAAACAACGGAAACGGCAGGCUGGGCUAUGGAGACGACAUUCCGAGUGAUGAAUGGAAUGUCGGGGAUGGCUCAGGCGAGAUGGGAGAUAACCUCCCUUUUGUAAAUUACGGCACAGGCAGAACUGCUCAGCACAUAACCAUUGGAAAUGGCUUUCAGUGUGCCCUGUUGGACGAUGCUACAGUGAAGUGUAUGGGAUAUGGCGAGUGGCUCGGGUAUGGCGACACAACUGACCGUGGCCUGGAUUCAGCACUUUUGGGUGACCACCUGCCCGUAGUGGACUUCGGCACCUUGCCGACAACGUCGACAACCACCUCCUAUACCCAGUCCAUCACGAGUUCGACAAGCACCACUUCUUCGGCGAGCACAUCUUCCAGCACAACAGAGACAAGAACCUUAACGACGUCCACCACCACGAGCUCCACAGCCAGCAUUACAACCUCAACGACACAGACAACCAGCAGCACAUCUACAACGGUCUCAUUUUCAAGCACCACAAGUGGGAGCAGUACUGUCAGCACCAGCAGUACUUGGAGCACUUCAACCACAGGAAGCAGCACCAGUAGCAGCACUGCCAGCGAGACUUCCACCAGCAGUAGCAGCACCAGCAGUAGCAGCACCAGCAGUAGCAGCACCAGCAGCACCACCAUGACGAGCACCAGUAGCAGCAGUGCCAGCAGCAGUUCUACCAGCACAACAAGGUCGACAAGCAGCAGCAGCUCUACCAGCACGACAACGUGGACAACCAGCACCAGUUCUACUAGCAGAACAACGUCGACAAGCAGCAGUAGUAGCAGCAGCACCAGCAGCACCAGUGGCAGCACCAGCACGACGAGCAGCAGUAGUAGCAGUAGCAGCACCAGCUCCAAGACCACAACCACGAGCACGACAGGGACCAGUUGGACCAGGACCUCCAGCACAACCUUGUCCAGCACCACCAGCAGCCUCACUUUCAGCAUAACCUCGACAACUUCAGCGACGACCUCCACAACUUGGACGCACAGCAGCACCACAAGGACUCCAGGAAGUCCGGAGGAGAUGGCGAUGCAGCAGAGAGAGCAACAACGUCAGGAGGAGGCUUCCAAAGCUGCGCUCCAAGUGGACGCUGAAGAGGAGGCAGUGGCGGCCGAACUGGCGGAGUCCUUGAAUUUCAACACCAGUCAAGGUAACGCGACAGGCGGAAUCUUGGGCGAAGUGUCAGCAGAAGUGGACACGGGGCAGUUGAAGGUUGUGGCCUUCUUGCCAGAGGCAUUGGACAGCAAUGUGACCACCGUCACCGCCUUUACAACGUCCCAGGAAGAAGUCUCCCGGGUUGAAGUCCCUCGAGAGGUCUUGGCCCAAGCCGCGACAGCAGCCGGAGAAACGGGAGCAGUCCUGCUGAGCAUCACCACCAUCAAGUCGCAGGUUGCAGGUAAGUUCCAAGAUCGACGGGUCGAAGGCGAAGCCACGUCCGUGGUCGGAUCCCAUGCUGUCAGUAUCAACAUGCGAGCGCCCGACGGAUCGGAACUCAGGGUACGAGACCUGGACGUUCCCCUUCGGAUUGUGAUCAAGACGGACUUGGAGAACGCCACAUGCGCCUUCUGGGACGAACGAGAAAAGCGCUGGUCCCCGCGUGGAGUCACAACGGUGCCCGACCCUGUCCCGGGACAGAUUACGUGCUUGACUGUCCAUCUCUCUAUCUUCAGCGCUGUAGCCGAGGUCAUUUGGGACAACGCUCUCCUGGCCCUCGUUUGCAGCAGCGCUUGGGAUCUGCUAACCCCCGCAGGAUUUCAGCGCUUAUCGGAGACAAAGUGGCAGUCGACCCUCCCAGCAGUCUCGGUCUUCGUCUUCCUGGCACUCUUUGCGCUGGUCUUCGCCCGCGCUGCCUUGGUGGACCGACGGAACCGAGACAUGGUCCCCUGGGAGGAGAUUGAGCCUGCACUCUUCAGGCAGGCUCCGGCCUCCAAGGAGGAGGAGGAGAAGGUCCCCAAGGGUUGGUGCAUGCAGCGGGUGGCAGAGGCCAAGGAUUGGACCUUGUGGUGCGCAGGCAUUUGCUUCGGUGUCCAAGAUAUCGCCUCGUUGAUCUUGGAGUGCAAGGCCCCAGAGGCUAGCGUGAACAGGUGUAUCAGGUCCCUGCACGCACAUCGGAGCGGUGUGGCCAAGGAUAGCCUUGCAAUCAUCCUGCAGCCCGACGAAAAAUUCGAGUUGGAGGAGGAGCCCGUGAACCGGCAGAUAAGUCGGACCGUCGGCCGCCGGAGCCGAUUUUCUCGCUUGGUACAGGAAGUGGGCACCAACAUGGACGGCUUCGGCAAGGCGCUUCGAGACUUGGGCGCCCGAUGGAAUGUCCACAUCCAUGGGGCCAGCACCGUGCAGUGCAUCCUCGACAGUCGUUGGUACAAGCGUGUUGGCCUCCUGUUCCCCGCCUUCCACCCCUGGAUCGCAUUGAUGCGGCUGAGCCUGCUAACCUCAUACAAGGUGCGAGUGUCCCUGAUCUUUUUGAAGCUCUGCACCGCCGGGGCUACCAAUGCUUUGUUCUUCACGAGCUCCUCCCCGGGUCCCGACUCGGAUCCAAGCUGUAAGAAGCCACAGACUCUUGUGGCGCAGCUUGUGCAGAAUACUGUGGUGGGCGUGGCCUCUGCACUGCUCGGUGACGUCAUCAUCUUCACUCUCUUCUUGGUUCAAAAUCGCAGUCCCAUAGAAAAGGACUGGACAGAAAGGUCGAAGAAGUGGCAGUUGAGGGUUUGGAACUGCCGAGCCCUGGCUUUUUGGUUGAUUUGGUUGGUCUAUUCGCUUGUUUGCUUGGUUUACACGAUGCUGUUCUUGGCGAACGUCCGCCUGGCAGAUGCGCACGGCUGGUACAUGAGCACUGGCAUGAGCUUACUCCAGGACUUGGUGAUACUUCCCUUGUUCCUCGCUUUGGCACUCGGCCUGAUGGCAUCGGUGGCAUUGCUGAGCAAGGGGAUUCGCAGAAGGAUUGAAGCGCAAUGGCUUGAAGGCUAUGCAGAUGGCGAGGAGCAAGUUGGCAAAGAGCCAGAGGAGGAAGCUCCUCCCGAUCGUCGCAACUCCAAUUUCUCCCAGUUCUCUGAAGCGAGACUUGAAGGAGGAUUCGCCCGGGGUCAUCGCACUGAACAGGCCCCUCAGCAGCAGGCCUGGGCGAACGUUCUUCCUGGCAUCCCUCAUGAUGUUUGA